CAAUAUAGUUGUACAAGGACAUUGAUCAUGGCCGAGUUUGGACAGACACUUGCAGAUACAUUCAAUGACCAAGACAUUAUUACUACUGCUCCCACCGAAGCUACUGUUGCAGCCGAACACACUGCAGCUGCUACACAACCAUCUGUAGCAGCCAGUAGUGACUGGAGUGGGUUUUCCUGGAGUGGCCUGGUUAGUGCUGUUAGAAAGCAGUCAGAGGCUGUGGUUGAGGUUUACAAGAGAGACUUGAAUGAGUUUGUACAGACUGUGGCUGCUGAAGGCUCGCAAGGUGUCGAUAUUUUAACUCGAGGCUUCCAGACCUUGGCUUCUGGCGAAGUUAAUCAAGAUACUGAAAAAAAGACCAAUCUUAAUGCAUCAAGUCCUGAGACAGUCUUACUGUCGUCAUCUACUGUCCUUGAUACCAGUACGGCGUCCAACGAUCCAGUUGGUGAUGCUGCUGGUUCAGACUGCAUUGAGAGUGCUUCACAUGUAAAUGAUGAAUCGCAUCCACAAGCAUCCACAAAGGAUGUUUUAGAUACUGAAAAGCAAGAUACAGGAAAAAGUAAACCAGAACUGCAGCCCAUAAAAACAGAUUUUACUGAAGCUGCAGAAGAAGGAUUACUGGAUAAGCUUGAUGCUAUAGCUGAGCAAGCAGAAAACUAUGUUGGUCAUAGGCUAACCGAGUUGGGAUCUGGACUUGCAAAUGGAUUUUCAUCUCUUUUAGGCACUGUCACACAUGCUGCACCAGACAGCGCUUCUUUGGGCAGAUCUACGCAUUCAUCUACUUUAAAUCCAAUUCCACCGGCUCAUCUCAAGUAUGAUCGUGUUCAGGAAAUGGUUGAUGAGAUGGCAAAGGAUCCAUCUACCUACACAACUGAUCCUCGCGACCUUGUCCAAGUCAAAUCCCAUCUUGCAUCGUCUAAACUACUUACUUCUGAUUCAGAAACCUACGCAAUGCGAUUUGCUCAAUUCGAAUCCACAUUUGAUAGGAUUUCUAAAGCUGGACAGAUUGCCGUAUUGAUGUCCAACCGCUCACAUGCAUGUUUUGAGAAAUAUGUUGAUCAAUGCCAUGCUAAAUUUAUGGUAUUCACAUCGCUUUUGCUAUGUCUGGAUGAUACAGUGCCUCGAGUGGUUUCGGAUUCGGAUUUUUGGACAAGGUAUUACUUUAGGGUGUCGGAGAUUGAACGAGAAGACGCAGCUCGUCGACAGCUUUUAGAUCAUGCAGCAGCAGGCGAAGCAACAGAAGACGAUUUCAACUGGGAUUCAGACGACAACGAAGUAGAAAGUGACAAUGCAAAGAGUACAUCUCCAAACCCUGUCGCCCAAAACAAGCCUACUGUGGCUUCGUCGGUCGUGUCACCUGUUGUGGCAUGUCUUGAAUCUUUAACAGAUAGUACUGACAUGUCUCGGUUGAAUACAGAAUCGACGUUGCAGUCAAAUGCCCCACCAUCUCACAAUGAUACUAACUUGGUCAAACAUAUUGAAUGUAUUCCCAAGGAUACUUUGUCUGUGGUUUCAACUGAACAACCUGCUGCAUCAUCAAAUGUUUCCAUCGUGUCUACAUCCAUUGCCAUAGGCUCUGAAGACCAUUCCUCUGAUAGUUUUGAGCUGGUGCGCGAAUUAUCAUCCUAUACUGCAAGUUGCAAGCCACAUGAAGAUACAGAUAGUGAUACAGGCGACAACAUCGCAAGUGAUACCAUGACAGAUACACAUCAUACACCUCUCGUCACACACAAGACAUCAGAUGAUAAAGGGGAUUGGGGCGAUUGGGAAUAG